AUGGCGACGCCGUGGAAGCUGGCGGACCACCCGAGGUUGGGGAAAGGGAAGGUGGUGGGCGUGGUGGUGCUGGACGGCUGGGGCGAGGCGCCGCCGGACCCUUUCAACUGCAUCCACGUCGCCGACACCCCCACCAUGGACGCCCUCAAGAAGGGUGCUCCGGAGCGGUGGAGGCUGAUCAAAGCUCACGGGACGGCGGUGGGGCUGCCUACGGACGAUGACAUGGGCAACAGCGAGGUCGGCCACAACGCCCUCGGAGCCGGCCAGAUAUACGCCCAGGGCGCAAAACUGGUAGAUCUGGCGCUCGCCUCUGGGAAGAUAUACGAGGGGGAAGGGUUCAAGUACAUCCAGCAGUCCUUUGAGACCGGUACUCUACACCUCAUUGGUUUGCUCAGCGAUGGAGGAGUACACUCAAGGAUUGACCAGCUGCAGUUGCUUCUGAAAGGUGCUAGUGAACAUGGUGCGAAAAGGAUACGGGUUCAUAUCCUUACCGAUGGGCGUGAUGUAUUGGAUGGCAGCAGUGUCGCAUUCGUGGAAACGCUUGAGAAUGAUCUAGCUAAGUUACGAGAGAAGGGUGUUGAUGCAAGAGUUGCAUCUGGUGGAGGCAGGAUGUAUGUUACCAUGGACCGUUAUGAGAAUGAUUGGCAAGUUGUGAAGCGUGGUUGGGAUGCGCAGGUUCUUGGUGAAGCCGCCCAUAAGUUUCAAAAUGCCCUAGACGCUGUGAAAACGCUCAGGGAGGUUCCAAAGGCCAACGACCAGUAUUUACCCCCUUUUGUUGUCGUUGAUGAAAGUGGAAAGCCGGUCGGGCCUGUAAUGGAUGGAGAUGCUGUUGUGACAUUUAACUUCAGAGCUGAUCGCAUGGUGAUGCUGGCAAAAGCUCUAGAGUACGAGACUUUUGACAAAUUUGACCGUGUUCGGUUCCCCAAGAUACGCUAUGCUGGUAUGCUUCAGUAUGAUGGCGAACUGAAACUUCCAAGCCAUUACCUUGUUGCUCCCCCGGAAAUAGAGAGGACGUCUGGUGAGUACUUAGCCCACAAUGGCAUACGCACAUAUGCUUGCAGCGAGACUGUCAAAUUUGGUCAUGUCACCUUCUUUUGGAACGGGAAUCGGUCUGGCUACUUCAACCCAAACUUGGAAAAUUAUGAAGAAAUUCCAAGUGAUAGUGGCAUACCCUUCAAUGAACAGCCAAAAAUGAAGGCCAUGGAAGUUGCAGAGAAGGCAAAGGAUGCCAUCCUAAGUGGCAAAUAUGAUCAGGUGAGGGUAAACAUCCCCAAUGGAGAUAUGGUUGGUCAUACGGGUGACCUUGAAGCUACCAUCAUUGGUUGCAUGGCCGCUGAUGAAGCCGUCAAGAUUAUCCUCGACGCCAUCGAGCAAGUGGGUGGCAUCUUUGUGGUCACAGCUGACCAUGGCAACGCUGAGGACAUGGCGAAAAGAGAUAAAUCCGGGAAACCAAUUCGCGACAAAGAUGGAAAUGUUCAGCCCCUUACUUCACAUACCCUGAAUCCAGUCCCCAUCGCUAUUGGAGGUCCAGGGCUUGCUUCAGGGGCUCGAUUCCGGAAAGACCUUACAGAUGCUGGACUCGCUAACGUUGCGGCAACAGUCAUGAACCUCCAUGGUUUUGAGGCCCCUGAUCACUAUGAGCCAACUCUCAUCGAAGUCUCGGCAGCCCCAUAUCUUAGUGCUUCAUCUGCAGAUCGUACAUAAGAAUAUGAGUGAAUUUGAUUUCCCUUUCUGCUAGUCGCUGCUACAUAGAUGUCCACGUUAUCUU